AUGAAUAACCUCGGUAAACUUCUGUGCGAGCGACUCAUGAUAAGGGUGGGGGGUGAGAUAGUAUACGACAAUAACGGUGAAAGUCUCAUCGAAGUCUACAAAGAUCUCUGGAAGAUGGAUUCAAAAAGAGCGAACAUGGUAGAAUAUGGAAUUAUGAACGAAAACACAAGAAAGAUGUUAUCGAAGGACUACAGUAUCGAUCGGACCGCAAAGGAGGACGGCGGUUAUGACCUGAUGAUGGCAAAGGUAUACAAAGAGCAGAAAAUGAAACUUGGAAAAAUACUCAAUGAUCAUGGUCCUUACGCACCGUACAACAUGAAAAGUGGAUUCGAGUACACGAUAACCCUUCCAGAAGCCGACAAGAUUAUGGUUGCACAGUCAAACGAAAAGGUGGAAGGAUAUACGCUGAAAAACACACACCUGGAAUACGAAACCAUCGAGAACGAGGAACUAGCCAAAAGGGUAAACGAAGGAUACGAGGCCGGUAGAUCCCUAUCCUACGAACACAUAACACUGUUGAAAACAACCGUGUGGGCAAAGUCAAGUGGUGCUGCAAGGUUUAACGAAACCAUAGACGUUCCAAGAGAAAGCAUGAGGGCCGUGGUCCUACUGUUCAGGAAAAGAACAGUAACCGACAGCGAAGAAUACGUCUUCCCGGAUAUUGAGAAGGUAAAGGUCACGAUAGAUGGGAAACCGAACGCUAUAUACAGUCAAGGUCUAACAUACGAAAACUUUUACGACGAGGCAAGAAGACUGUUCGGAAUACCCAAUAAUACCUGUAACGAUGACUUAAGCGUCAGGAAAUUCUACAGGGACAAGUUCGCACUGGCGAUCGAUAUGAGAGCUGUUGAUGACAGUCAUGUCGUUGGAAGUGGAAAAAAGAUCCUUGGUGAUAAUCCCGGAAUUCUUCUGGAGAUCGAAACAGCUGGUCAUUCUGAAGACCUCCUCUGUAACAUCUUUGUGCUAUCCGAUGGACUCAUAAACAUCAGUGAAAAGACCCUUCAAGGCAUCAGCUAUUAA